AUGCCUUUGAAAAUAUUUUUUCAAGUAUCAUCUCAAAUGCUUUCACAAGCACCUUCAUAUAUAUUAUUGCAAAUAAUAUUACAAAUACCAUUACAAAUAUCAUUACAAAUUUUAUUACAAAUAUUAUUAAAACAAUUACAACUAUUGACCAAUUUUCUAUCUCAAAUAUCAAAUAAUGUCUCAUUACAAUUGUUAAAUAAUUAUUUUCCAUAUUUACCUAAUAUGUCUUUACAACUAUUAUCAAAUAUUUCUUUAUAUACAAUGCCAAAUAUUUCUUCACAACUAAUAUCUAAUAUUUCUUUCCAAUUCUAUUUUAUGCUAUUUUCAAAAUUUUCUAAUUUACAGCCUUUAUAUAUUCCAAUAUAUAAUUUAGUAUUACAAGAAUUAUUAAAUUCUUCUAAACAUGUUUCUCAACUUGAUGAAUUUUUUAAAAAAAUAAAUAAGGCUAAAAAUGCAAAUGGAGAAAUUUUAGCAUGUUUAUCAAAAUUUCAAAAUCGAGCUAUUCAAGUUAUACAGAUAUAUAAAUUAACUGAUAAGCAACUUGAAUUAGUAGAAAUUAUAAAAGCAAAAUAA